AUGGACAAGCGCCUCCCGCACCGGAUCAGGGACAUUCGACUGCAGCUCCAAGCGUCUGGCAAGACUGCCACUGCCGACGGUGUGAAGGAUGAGCUGUGCAAAAACUUCGCUGAGUAUGGCAGAUUAAAGCAGCAAGCCCUGAGGAAGCUGGUGCUGCAAGAGCUGAGUACCCCGUUGCCGGCCACCGAAACAUGUGGCCCCGAAAGCCGCGAAUGUCAAGAUGCGCCGACUGCUGGCCCGCCGAAGAAGAAGCGCCGGAAGGAUGCAAAAAUUGCUCCUCAGGACACAGCUUUUCCAGACCGGCCUCUCAAAGAAAAGGAGGGGAUGAACGAGUCGAUGCGGAGGCUUUACGCUCAAGGACCUGCGAGUGCGACGGCCACGGCUCGUGCACCGGACGAGAAGGUCGAGGGAGCCUCUCGGCGCGUCCGAGAGAAGGCUAUGGCUGCAGCCCGCCGGGAGCAAGGACUGCCGGAACCGCGCGGCUCCGGUUUUCAACCAGAGGAACGGCCUGAGGAAAGGCUUGAGGAUCUCGGAGGCGUCAACGAGAUUCUCUUGGACUUGCGCCAGCUUGUCGUUCAGCCUCUUAGCCAUCCGGAGGUUUUUCAGCACCUUGGUGUCCAGCCUCCGACUGGGGUUCUUCUUUUUGGACCGCCAGGAUGUGGAAAGACCAAGAUCGCUCAUGCCAUCGCCGGUACGACUGGGGUCCCGUUCUUCAAGAUCGCUGCCACGGAGAUUGUCUCAGGCAUGUCGGGUGAGUCGGAAGCGAAGAUCCGCCAGCUUUUCCAGGCUGCCAUGGCCGCGGCCCCAAGUUUGAUCUUCCUGGACGAGGUCGAUGCCAUCACGCCCAAGCGUGACUCUGCGGGUCGUGAGAUGGAGCGCCGCAUUGUGGCGCAACUUCUCACAUGCCUUGAUGAGCUUCAGAAGGCCAACGUCAUUGUCCUUGGGGCUACAAACCGACCCGAUGCCCUUGACCCAGCUCUCAGGCGCGCAGGACGCUUCGAUCGUGAGAUCGCCAUGGGCAUACCAGACGAGGCCGCGCGUGCCCGAAUCCUGGAGAAGAUGGUGACGGGCAUGCGCCUGGCAGAAAACUUGGAUCUGCAAUUCUUGGCGAAGAAGACGGCUGGAUUUGUAGGUGCAGACCUGUCGGCUUUGACGAAGGAGGCAGCUCUUGGAGCCGUCCAGCGGGCAUUUUCUGGACUGCAGUCUCAACGGAGUGAGCAGAGCCAGCAGAGUGAGCCGACGGAGUCCUCCGACACAUCGCUUCUCCGGCCGUACACUGCGGAAGAGAUGGCGAAUCUGGCAAUCGAUGCUAGAGACUUCACAGAAGCACUCACCAGAGUCCAGCCGUCGGCGCGGCGUGAAGGCUUCUCAACCAUUCCAGAUGUGAAGUGGGACGAUGUCGGCGCACUGCAAGAGGUCCAAGCCGACAUGGACGCAGCGGUCUGCGAGCCGAUUCGCCAGGCGGAGCUCUUCAGAGAGCUUGGUUGGAGCCCCAGCGUGACACAUCAGCGUUGGGUCACCGAGUGCGACACCUUUGCGGUGGAUCUAUACCCGGCACCGCUGAUCAAGUGGCACCCAUCCGUCGAGCAGCAUGAGUCUCUCGUCAUGGAUGCGGAGAAGCGUGGCUUGAUCAACAAGCCCAAGCCGGUGCAUACCCGAAGCACCUCAAACACAACUACAAAGAUUGGAAGCCAGGAUGAGGAGCUGACAGUGCGGCUCAAAGCAGCGAUUGCGUUGGAACCGCCUGUGGAGCCCUCGGGCGGCUACCGAGCCACAGCUUUCUAUCAGAGCGAGGGUUUGGAACCGCGGGAAAGGCGGAAAUGUGAGCCGAAGCAGGCUGCCGAAAGCAAAUAUGGUAAGAAGAUGCACGAUUGUUUUUUGGAGGCCCAAUUCCGCAUACCGUACAACUCCCGUGAGCAGUUUGUCAAGGUGGCAGUGUAUGCGGUGGCUGACCGUGCGGAUGUGCCAGUUGGUGAAGCCACAGUGCCCAUUGCGGACCCAAAGGCCGAGACCAUGACUGGCUGGCGACUUAUGCAGGACUUCGAAGAGACCGGGGAGGUCGAGCUCCAAGUGGUCUUCCCCGGAGAUGAUGUUUCAGUAGCAGAAACAGCCGAUAAGUCGACUGAAAGCUACGACCUGGAAGCAAAGUACGCCUCCGUGGCUUCAAAGUCUGUGGUGGAAUCUGUGGGUGAGCUGCAGUCGAAGCAAGAUUCUGCUGAAUCGAUGGUCCCAGAACCUACGAGUCACAUGUCGGACACGCGGCCCGCCUGCAUAAGUGCAGAGAGGACAGCACUGAGAGAAGGGCGUGUA